AGACAUCAAAUCAAUGGGCAUUGGUGAUGGUUCCUUUAUUAAGUUACCAAGAUUCACAUCAAAUCUUAAUUAUUUGACUUGAAGUUGGAUGCACUAAAGGUUGACUCAUUUUGUGUGGUAAUUACUAAUUAGUAUUUAAUAAUGAAGAGAUUUAUAAGAUUUCCUAAUCACUAAAAUGAUUAUUAACAGGCAAAUAUCUUUUGUGUAUCGAUAAUUUCAUCUCUUCCUCAUUCAAGAUUUGAUUUAAUUUUCAACCUUAACACAAAAUGGGGAACAAAAGCGUAGACGAGUAAUGGUGAUGACGAUGGCGAUUGGGUAGUGGGAAAAGGAAGACCCAAAAAUAAAGCGUGUAUUUUCCUGAUUUGAAAGAUUACGCCGAGAAUUCAGGGGAAUUACUCUCAAAACCAUACAUGUAGCCGCCUAGUGUCACAAUCACAAGGUGGAGGUUACACCACUACCCACCUUCCUCUUCAUUUCUACCUCUUUCCCUUUCUCUAAACACCUCCAUUUUCCCUUAAUUACCAGCUCCGAAUCCCCAACAAAAUUCACUCCUUUUUAUUUUUAUUUUUAUGUUUUUCUCUCUUUCUUCUCUCCAUGACCCCAUGAAGUCAUCAGCCUCCCUCUGUGAAGAUAGGGAGAGAUGCCUCAUCACCAACAUGGGAAGAUUCACUCCCUUGUUGUUUGGUUGUACCAGUGUCACCUUCAUUUUCAGCAUCUUCAUCCUCUUCUCUCCUCUCCCCCUUGCCCCCACAAUUCCCAAACAACUUCAUCAGGACGAUGAUCACACCACUCCCCUCAUCAAACCCCAUCAAAGUGAUGAAAGGUGUGACUUGUUCAAGGGUCAUUGGGUUCCGGACGAGAAAGGCUCUCCCUACACCAAUUGGAGCUGCACCACCAUACCAGACUCCAAGAACUGUUUCAAACACGGGCGGAAGGACACCGACUUUGUGAACUGGAGAUGGAAACCACAAGGCUGCCACCUUCCCAGGUUUGAUCCCGCCACCUUUUUCAGACUCUUUCAAGGCAAGAAACUCGCUUUCGUUGGUGACUCCGUCUCUCGCAACCACAUGGAAUCCCUCCUUUGUCUCUUGUCUCAGGAAGAAGUUCCAAGGGAUAUAUACAAGGACUCGGAAGACCGGUUUCGAACAUGGUACUUUCCUAGACAUGAUUUCACCCUGAUGAUCCUCUGGAGCAAGUUCCUGGUUGAAGGUGAGGAGAGGAUGAGCAAUGGGACGGCCUCUGGUGUUUAUGAUUUGUAUCUUGACAAAAUAGAUAACAGCUGGGCACAAAAGGUUCCGGAAAUUGACUUUGCUAUCAUCUCCAAUGCACACUGGUUCUUCCGACCAAUGUACCUGCACAAAGGUGGCAAAGUGAUGGGAUGUGUAUACUGCAAUGAAGAAGGUGUCGAGGAAGUUGGUGUCGGGUUUGCUCUUAGAAUGGCCUUUAGAGCAGCAUUCGAGUACAUAAAUGGUUGUGAGAAGUGCAAGGGUAUGGUGACAUUGUUGAGGACAUUCUCACCAGCCCAUUUUGAGAAUGGUUCUUGGAACACUGGAGGAGGCUGCUCAAGGACUAGUCCUCUGGGUGAAGGAGAGGUUGACUUGGCAAGUUUUGAGAGGCAACUUGGGAACAUACAAGUAGAAGAAGUGGAAAGAGCAAAAAGGGGAGGAGACAUGCGGGUGGUUAAGUUUGGAGCUUUGGAUGUGACUACAGCCAUGCUAAUGAGACCUGAUGGUCACCCUGGUGCUCACUGGGGUAACAAAUGGAUGAAGGGCUACAAUGACUGUGUCCAUUGGUGCUUGCCCGGGCCGAUCGACGCCUGGAAUGAUAUUUUGUUGGCAGUUCUUGUAAGAGAGGCUGGUUGAUUCUAGGUGAAGGGUCUGCGAUAUGUGUAUGAUUCUUUUUAAAGAAUAAGAUAGCAUAUACAAUACAGGUGCGAAUAAGUAAUAACAUAGAGAUGUGGUCAUUUUUUGAGUUAAUGGUUGGUUUAACCAAAUCAGCAUGCAAUGCAACCAAUGGAGCAAUAAAAUAUUUGAAAGGGAUGCUUCGUUUUGUCCUCUUAUCAAUAUGAAUGCUUUUUGCCUUUGUAAGACAA